AUGGGGAUUCCAGCGUGGCUCGAGUGUUGGGUGCAGGGACCGUUGGAGAUGAUGGUGGCGGCAGGCUAUGGAGAGGAUGACGGUUGGUCAGAGAUGAUGGCAGCGGCGACAGAAGUGUUGGCUAUGGCGUCGGCAUCUGCGUCGGAGAUGAUGGCGGCGGGCUAUGGAGAGGACGAUAGUCGGUCGGAGAUGAUGUCAGCGGUGACGGAGAUGAUGGCAAUGGCGUUUGCAAUGGUGGUCUGUGGCUGUGCGGCACCGGAGGUGGUCGUCCGUCGGGCCGGCACCGCCAGAGGGAGGAGGGAAUGA